ACUUUUUUCCUUAUAGUUUAUAAGUUAUUCUGACUCAACCACCCUCCUAAACUAGAGUUAAAACAACAUCAAAAAAGAAAGAAGAUCACAGAGUGCAAGACUAGUGAAGUCUUUGAAAAGUGUGAAAAUAAUACUAUGAAGAAUAAAUCAUAAAAUAAUAUCAACAUUACCAAAAGAGAUCUUCAUUAUUCUCUCUGCAAGAGAAGAAAAAGAAGAUCAAGGAGAGAAGAUGGAGGAGAUGAUCCAACACUCCAGCCAUGAGCGCUCCUUGGUAUUCUGCAAGGUGAAAGAUGAUAAUGGAGAUUACUGUGAUGCCUGUCAUGAACCCUUAUCAGCUUUUCCCAUCUAUGCUUGCAGAAAAUGCAGGUUCUUCCUCCAUGAAUCCAGCGGUGAACCACCACAAGAGCUUCACCAUUUCUAUCAUCCAUGUCUUCUCGUCCUCCUCAACCAAAACUUCAAAUGCCAGGCCUGUGAAACUUCAUUUGAACAGUCCUUGGCGUACCACUGCGAGCUCUGUAACUUCUAUCUUGACACUAAAUGUGCUCUGCUGUCAUUUGAACAACCUGCAAAUCAAGACAACAUUAUCCAUCAUUUCAUCCAUGCUCAUCCUUUGACUCUUUUUGCCAACAGAGAAGCUGAAUGCAGCGCCUGCAGAAAACCCUGUGUUGAUCCUGCUUUUGGGUGCAGAUUCUGCAAAUUCUUCGUCCACAUCUCAUGUAUCCUCAAGCUCUCACCCCAACUCCAUUUCUUCUAUCAUCCAUGCCCUCUGUUUCUUCUCACAGCUUCAAUAUUUGAUUGUAGAUCCUGCAGCACUUUCAGAACAAAGAAGAUUCUAAUCUUUCGUUAUGUAAAAUGUGAACUCAACCUUGAUGUUAAAUGCGCUUUAGCUCUCGCAAAAUCAAUUGAUACAUGUGGAAAUAUGGGAUUACAAUUAAUCGGAUUCUGAUUUUAAGGAAGAGAGGAUAUCUCUAAUUAGUUAUUGGUUCCUUCUCUAGUACCCAGAAAUAUUAACUGUAUAAUAUGCGACUACAUUUUCAAAUUC